GCCAUUUAAAAGAUCCCAGGCCUUUUAGUGACUAGACCAAAAGACUUCUAAGAAACUAGUAGUGUGAAGGCAUAAUCAGAUUCAUGUCUAGAAGGAGUCUCAUGUAUAAACCAACUUCUCUGCGCUCUUUAGAGCAGGAAAGGCACCAGAUGAGACUGGCUGCCCCAGUUCUCAGUGGUUACCUGCUGAGGAAAGAAGCCUGGGACAGGAGGACGUCUUCGAGGCAGACCGUAGGAAACCCUCCGAUGGUGUGCCAGGACCCUAUUGUCCAAAAUGCCCUGUACACUGGAAAUGUAAAAGCCGUGAAAGAGAUCUUCUCCAAAGGCUUUCCUUCAGACCUGUUCAUCCAGCCUCAGGGAGGAGCCAUGCGCUGGAGUGCAAAUGGAAAAGAUGCCAUAUAUGACACCAGCAACAUAGAGGAGUGGAAGAACUACAGGUUCAACUACAGAGGGCUAAGACUGUGGUCAUUGACAUAUGAACAAGAGCUGACCACACCACUGCACAUCACCGCUGGUCGGGGUUUCACCGAAUGUCUGCGGCAUCUCCUCCUGAGGGGCGCUCGAGUGGACCUGGCACCUGGGGGCACCACUGCCCUGCAUGAGGCCUGUGAAGAGUGCCAGCCCGACUGCGUCAAGCUGCUGCUGCAGUACGGAGCCAAUCCCAACGCAACCAACGAAGACGGGCAAAUGCCCCUGCACGUGUGCACUGAACUCGAUUCACUUGAGUGUGCCAAACAUCUACUCGCAUUCGAUGCUUUGAUCAACGGUCAAAGCUUGGAUGAUAACGACACACCCCUUCAUGUGGUGGCCCGCCAUGGCCUUCCUGAUCACGUGGAGCUCUACUUACGACACGGAGCUGUGCUUAACCUACAAAAUGACGAUGGAAACACACCGCUGAACGCCGCGUGCUCCCAGCCGCAGGACUGCACGUCUCUGGAGCGCUACAGUCGUGUUUGUCACAUGCUGGUGGAUGCAGGGGCAGACAUUCAUAUCAGUGACGCGGACAAGCAGACUCCACUGCACAUGGCAUGUAAGAACACCAACCCUGACGUGGUGGAUCUACUGCUUCAGUAUAAAGCCUUGGUCAACGAAAUGGAUUAUGGCGGUGAUGCACCGAUGCAUAACAUCCUGAAGGUGGUGGCCUACAAGACGGACCAUGAGCCCGAGAGGAUCGUACAGGCACUUCUCAAUUACGGAUCCAUCAGGGUGUGGCCUGGAGCUCUGCCCAAGGUGUUGAAAUAUUGCUGCACAUCUCCAAGAACAAUAGAAGUGCUCUUCAACGCAUAUGACCGUCUCAAAAUCACUGAAGCCUGGGUAGAAGCUGUACCUCCUGAGGUGUUUCAGAAACACCGGGAAUUCUACGAAUCCCUGUUUGCACUGAUGCAAACUCCUCGAUCUCUACAGCAUUUGGCCCGUCACAGACUCCGAGCGUUCCUGGAAGGUCGCUUGCAUAAGGUGGUCCCUAAACUGGGUCUACCAACCUUUCUUAAAAAUUACCUAAUGCUGGCAUUCAGAGACUAUAUUCACUGAGAGAGACCACAAACCUGACAAUGUACAACAUAUAGUAUAAGCAUGCAGUGAUUGGGUUUUGUACCAUGAUGUACCAUUGAGGUUUGUUUUAUUCUGUGUGAUUCUGAAUGAUUUGUGUUGGAAAACUGUCCUGUCUUUACCGAAGAUGAUACAAUCAGGUAGCAAUUUUAUAGGGAAUCAUUAAAUUGAGGUACUGUUUAAUGCCAAUCUGUGAUAGAUAUUUUUUAAUGUAAAAUGUGUUUUAUUAUUACUGAUAUCUAUUUUAACGCAUUGGGAAAGAAGAUAGAAGGUUGUUUAUGAAGAAUAAAACAGGAGGAGGAUGCAGAAGGUCUGUAUAUAUAUAAUAUCCAGUGCAACACACAUUCAUUAUUACAUUAACUACCACAGUGGGGCGCCAUGGAGCUCAAGUGGAAUCUGAAUUCCUAUUGAAAGUUUUCAAAUCACUGAUAGGAGUCCAUGCAUAAGU